AUGUCUCACUGGGUGAAUGAAAAGUGCGUAUCGUUCGUGCAAAUCUUGUGCAUCAAAAUCGUAAAGAUGAUCGACGUGGUUAUACCGAAACAUAUCGCAAUCAUUAUGGACGGUAACAGGAGAUUCGCCAAACGCGACGGGUUAAAAACUAGUGAUGGACAUUCGAGAGGUUUCGAUAAACUUGCAGAAGCUAUGAAGUGGUGUAUCGAGCUAGGAAUAAAGGAAUUGACCGUUUACGCAUUCAGCAUCGAGAACUUUAAGAGAAGUGAUGAGGAGGUGGCUGCGCUAGCUGUGCUCGCUCGUAGUAAACUGCAGCUUUUAUUGGAUUCAAUAGAUACCUUCAAUGCGUACGGAGUGAGCCUUCGUUUUGUAGGCCGCUGGUCUCUUCUCUCGGAUGAGAUCCGCGUUUUGUCCUCGCGCGCUAUAAUAGCCACCAGGAGGGGUAACGACAAGCUGAGGCUAAACGUCGCUUUUGCCUACACUGGUCGCGAUGAAAUAGGCCGUACCGCCUCCAUUCUAGUGGAUUCAGUGAAAAAUGAAGAGCUACUACCAGAGGACAUUGAUGAAGAUCUUGUCUCCCAAACUAUGGAGUUAGGAGAGCCAGAUCUUUUGAUUCGCACCUCAGGAGAAGUCCGGCUUUCCGAUUUCAUGAUGUGGCAAAUAUCACGAACAGUUCUAUACUUCACGGAAACGCUUUGGCCGGAGUUUUCAUUCUACGGUUUCUUGGGCGCAUUGAUCCAUUUCCACUUGUACGCACCACCUAGCCAAAUAAUAAGGGAAAACAACGAAAGGAAGAAAAUGUUCUUGAGCAGAUUGGAGAAACGGAGAUGGCAAGAGGUUGAAAAUUUUGUUGAUUACCCCAUACCAAACACUGGGGCCGAGUUGCACAACAAAUUUUAA